AUGACGGAUGAAGCUAAUUCACACUACUUCGGGAUCAUAAGCCAGUUGAUUGAGGGCCACGAAUGGCUGAGUAAUCAUAUCGGCGAAGAUUAUAAGCCGCGGAAUCACUGGUCAAUUGAUCCGUUUGGACUCAGUCCAACCGUUUCGUAUUUUAUGAAAAAAUCGAAUUUUUCGAACGGUGUGCUGCAAAGGGUACAUUAUUCCGUUAAAAAACAUUUGGCUGGGACGAAACAGUUGGAAUUUAUUUGGAGGCAGUUGUGGAGCAUCAGUAGCACAGUGACCGAUUUUACGGUCCACGUGAUGCCAUUCUUCUCGUAUGAUGUUCCGCACACGUGUGGACCUGACCCGAAGAUAUGCUGCCAGUUUGAUUUCAAGCGAUUUCCAGAAAGUGGCGUAAACUGCCCAUGGCAAGUACCUCCUGUGGAGAUUACAGAUAUCAAUGUAGCGGAAAGGCAAGUUUCGAGCGUUUGUCUCAAAGACUUUUCAUACAUAAGUGUUGUUGCGGGUGGAGUUCGUCUUGGGAUUAGCGGGGCGGCAUUGCUGUACGACCAAUAUCGGAAAAAGGCUCAGCUUUUCAAGACUAAUGUUAUUUUGGUGCCGCUGGGAGAUGAUUUUCGCUACGAUACACCAUUUGAGUGGGAGAGCCAGUUUACGAACUACAUGAAGUUGUUCAAGUAUAUGAAUGCACAGCUUCCAUGGAAUGUGAAUGUGCGUCUUCAACGACUUGCUUAUUUUCAGGCUCGAUUCGGCACGCUAGAUGAUUAUUUCCAGUUGGUUGAUGAACGGUUGAAA